AUGGAACCUACAUUCGCUACUUCAGCAUUUAAAAGAUUCACUAACGGUGGCUCAGCUCCUACAGAUGCAGACUUUGACCCUGAAUCAGGAUCCUAUUUUGAUAACCUCGAACCUGAUCCUAAAUCAGGAUCCUAUUUUGAAGACCCCGACCUCGACUCCGAUGAUGACCUUAACCCCAACUCCGAUGAUGACCCCGACCUCAAAUUUGUCCCUGAUUCAGACCAGAUCUCGACUUCGGCUCUGACUUCGGCCCCGACUCAGGCUCAAAUUUUGAUCUGA